AUGUCAUCCUAUCUAACGUGGCUGCGGAUUCCCGUCUUUGCUACCUCCGGGCUCGCAGCCCUAGGCAGCAGUCUACUCUAUUUCAAGCAGAACGACAUCAUCUAUCCCGCCAGUCUACCUGCGGGCUCUAGGACGAACGUUCCCAUACCCGAACAGUUUCACCUCAAGAAUGCAGAGUCUAUAAAAUUUCCCACCCCCGACGGCGAAACACUUCACGCCUACCUGCUGCGACCUCCCACCCCCUCUCUCAGAAAGAACAUCACACUGUUGAUGUUCCAUGGCAACGCUGGAAACGUUGGCCACAGACUCCCUAUCGGCAAGGUUUUGUCCGAGAGCCUAGGCUGCCAUGUCUUCAUGGUCGAGUAUCGAGGGUACGGCUCGUCGACUGGUUCACCCAGUGAAGAUGGAUUGUCGAUCGAUGGACAAACGGCGCUGGACUAUGUGCGAAACCAUGAGGAGCUGAGGAAGACCCACAUCGUGCUGUACGGUCAGAGUUUGGGUGGUGCCCUCGCCGUUAAACUCUUGCAGACGAACUACCAGGUUGGCGAUAUCGCAGCGGUCAUCCUGGAAAACACCUUCUUAUCGAUCCGCAAGCUGAUCCCCUCGGUUAUGCCCCCAGCCAAGUAUCUCGCAUAUCUUUGUCACCAGCGGUGGGAUUCGGAGCAGAGCAUCUCUAAAGUCGGAGACAAAGACAUCCCGGUCCUCUUCCUCUCGGGCCUCCGCGACGAGAUUGUGCCGCCAUCGAUGAUGAAGGACCUAUUCAAUCAAUGUCCUACCCGCAAAGUGUGGAAGGACUUCCCGAAUGGUGACCACAACUCCACCGUGGCUGAACCGGGAGAAGCAAGAUCUCGAGAAGACGGAUGUUGA